AUGGCGAACGCCUCCCCGUCUGAGAAAGACCACCACCGGAGGGAGUCAUCAGGCUCCUAUUCCAAGGCUGAGGUCGAGCAUCAGAGCCGUGGGCCAUCCGUAGACCAGACAGCCAGUGCUACUGAUGAGGACCUCCGCCAGCGCCAGGAUGCCUCUGCUAGGAUGGAGAACCCGCUCGGUGGCUUCAGCCGCGAGCAGGUGACGCGCCUGGCAGAGGAUUUCUGCGCCAAGCAUGGUUUCACUGACGACGAGGAUCUGCGUGUGUUCAAGUUGGGAGCUGCCAUUGCUGGCAAUGACUUCCAGUGGGACACGAUAGACGGCCUGAGGGAUGAUGAGAAGGUGGCCCUCCGGACCGAGGUUGAUCACAAGUGGAGGGCGAACCCGAUGAAAUUAUAUGGUGUUAUUGUUGUUUGUGCACUUUGCGCGGCCGUACAAGGUAUGGACGAGACAGUCGUAAACGGAGCCCAGUCCUUCUAUAAGCGCCAAUUUGGGAUUGGGAACCCGGACUCGAUGCAUAACUGGUGGCACAUGUUCAUUGCCAGAUUCUUCCUCGGUUUCGGCAUCGGCCCCAAGUCAGCCACAACCCCCAUCUUUGCCGCCGAGUGCUCACCGCCUAAGCUGCGUGGUGCCUUGACGAUGCAGUGGCAGAUGUGGACUGCUUUCGGAAUCAUGAUAGGAUAUGUUGCUGAUCUUGCCUUCUAUUUUGUCCCCGACCAUGGGAUAGAACUUGGUUUGAACUGGAGGCUCAUGAUGGCCUCAGCAAUGAUCCCUGCUGUUGUCGUCUGCUGUCUCAUCCCAAUGUUCCCGGAGUCUCCCCGGUGGUACCUGACCAAGGACCGCCACGCGGACGCCUACAAGGCCAUAUGCCAGUUACGACUGAGCAAGAUCCAGGCCGCCCGAGACCUGUUUUAUAUGGACUUUGGCCUGCAAGCGGAGAGGGAGGCGAUGUCCAUCGGCAAGCAAAACCGGAUCAAGGAAUUCAUCACGAUACGGCGUAAUCGCAACGCCAUGAUCGGAUCCGAGAUCGUCAUGUUCAUGCAACAAUUCUGCGGAGUCAACGUCAUUGCAUACUACUCUUCGGAGGUCUUUCUUCAGGCGAAACUCCCAGAAACCAGUGCCCUUGCAGCCUCGCUUGGGUUCGGCAUCAUCAACUGGCUGUUCGCAAUCCCAGCUGUCUAUACCAUUGACACAUUUGGGCGGCGCAACCUGCUCUUGACGACAUUCCCGCUGAUGUCUAUCUGCUUGUUCUUUGUGGGUUUUAGCUUCUAUAUCCCGGAAGAAUCGACUGCUCGGAUUGCUGUAAGUGUCGGCCUAAUUAUUCUGCACUUUUCCACCGCUAGUCCCAGCAUCUCCAGGUGCCUGAGCUCCGUCAGGAACUGGGGACUCUCUUUCGUCAUGGUUGCUCAUCUUGAACAUGGGCAUAGCUUAUCUGUUAUGCUGCAGUGCAUUGCAUUGGGCAUAUACCUCUUCGGAAUGGUAUAUUCUCCCGGUGAAGGCCCAGUUCCGUUCACGUACUCGGCCGAGGCGUACCCUCUUUAUAUCCGUCCCAUCGGAAUGUCGCUUGCCACGGCCACGACCUGGUUCUUCAACUUUAUUCUUAGUGUUACAUGGCCGUCGCUACUGCAGGCUUUCAAGCCGCAAGGAGCCUUUGGCUGGUAUGCUGGGUGGAAUAUAAUUGGGUUCUUCUUGGUCUUAUUCUUCCUGCCUGAGACCAAGGAGAAGACCCUUGAAGAGCUGGAUGCCGUCUUCAACGUGCCUUUGCGAGUACAUGCCAAAUAUGGACUUGACCAAUUCAAAUACUUCAUCCACCGUUACAUUUUCUGGCGUCAUGUCGACCCACCGGCCGUUCCUCGCCAGGAGAUUGUGAAGCACUCGGACAAGUCAGUUGCACCGAAGGCUGAACAUGACCCGAUCAAGCGUGUAUAAGAGGGUAAAGGUCCGAUAUCACGGAUAACGUUGGAGCUACUGUUUGAGUGGAGCCUUGGUUGCGGCUCGGUUCAGUUGGUAACCUGAUCAAGGGAUACCCUGGGAAAUCAUCCUCGGCUCUAGGAGCCCGCGGAACCGAGCGAGCCUCCAACCGCAGAGCGAAGCUGGAGAUCA